GUGUGAAAAAAAAAACUACACAAACCAGCUGCAUAAACUGUUUUCGUGUGUGGAUUUGAAAGUGAUUGCCAGGAAAACGAAGACCUUCUACAACAGACGAUCAUACUGAAUGAGAUGAUGGAGUCAUCAAUAGUCAUGGAAAGCUCAACCAUUGAUGAGGAAAGUUCAGUCACAGCAUCAACUUCUGGAGGAAACGACCCACAAAUAUUCAACCAUUCCAUUGAACAGAAGGCCGACCCACAAGGCACCUUCAGUUUCGGCUUAAAAGAGGACAACACACCAUGCCAUGUUGGACUGACAGACAAACACAUGGGGAGUUCUUUAAAAGCAAUUGGCCAAGAGAUGAAGACUGCAUGUCUGGAAUGGGAACAAACGAUGGUAGAGAGUGAGCAGUUUGAGUUGUUCUGCCCAACCAGAGUUGAUAAGUUGCUUCAAGAGGCGCAUGCCAUGGAGGAACAUCUGCUGCGUCAGAAAGAGGAACUCAUCUCACGUCUUAGAAAUCUCUCUCAGACCCUACAGGUUAUCUCCUAGAGACCCAUUUAACUAUCUCCUCACUACUCAUUUCUAAUUCUGAGUCAACUACAUGAAAAAAAUGACGUCUGAAACAGUUAGGACCGGCUGGAAGUGCUAGAAGUCAAAAUGUUGCAGUCGUUUGAAACGACUCUGGAGCGCCUUGGUUUCCAACGUCUUUAUUGUCAUGAACCGAGCAUGUUUACAUGAAAAUGUUAUGUUAAGUUCGCCUGUCUGAAUCUAAAAUGUAAUCGGUCCAACCUAGAGUCACUCCUUGGUUCGGCGCCACUGUUGCGCGCCUCUCUGACCCAGGUGUUAGAGGGGCCAUUUCAGUGCCUAUCAGUCACCACCUCAUACUGUUUUAUUGGUAAAAUUUUACAUUAUGAUUUUCUGAAAUGUAUCUUGAACAUUCACACAAAAUACCACACAAUCUUCUCAGUCAAACAUCCAUUGUUGUUUUCUCUUUCUUUAUUCUUUGUGAUACAAAUAAUUCUCUUGCAUUUUUUGAUAAUACUUUUGAGUGUUCGAACCUCUUAUAGAUAAAUACAAACUUGUAUUUUAUAAUUCUGUUGAUAAAACAUUUUCAGACUCUUGUUUAGAAAGUUAAAUAAUCUUUAUUUAUUUAUAAGACAAUAGAAUGUAGAGGUUGGAAGUUCCUUUGGAAAUAAA